AUGGCGGAGGAGGGCAAGGCCGGCGGUAACGGGGCUAACGGCGGAGGCGGAGGCGGAGGCGGUAGCGGAGCGGGACUGCUGGACCUGGAGCGGGAGUUGACAUGUGCGGUAUGGGCACGGCGGCUGGCCGUCGAGGCAGGCAAUCAUGUGAGACGAACUGUGUACUAACGAGACUCGACAGAUAUGCACGGACAUUCUGUAUCAACCUCUGACUCUACUCGACUGUCUACACACAUUCUGCGGGGGCUGCCUGAAGGAAUGGUUCGCCUGGCAAGCCGCGGCGGCGGUCAGCAGCAGCAGCAGCAGCAGCAGCAGCAGCAGCAGCAACAGGAGGACGAGGCGGCACCCGUAUACCUGCCCGCAAUGUCGCGAGUCGGUGAGGGGGACCAAGGCGGACUGGAGGUCGACGACGCUGCUGGAGGGAUUCCUGAAGGCGCAUCCGGAUCGCGGCAAGACGGAGCAGGAGAAGGAGGAGAUGCGGCGGAACUACAAGGCGGGGGAAGAUGUGCUGCGGGUGGUGGAGAUUGCGCGGGAGGGGGACGACAGCGAGGGCGAGGACGACCGGGAGACUCGGCGAGAGCGGAGCAUGGCCCACGUCGAUCCGGAAACGGCAAGACGAAGGGCGGCGGCGGCGGAAAGAGCGUCCGGGGAGAGACAACGGAGACGGCAGGAGCGAAGCAGGCCAGAUCGAUCCAUUGCACGGCAGGCGCAGGCGCGAACGGAGAGAGGACAGGAAGCGGAAGCGGAAGGCGCUGGUGGACCUGGACACGUGAUGCAGGAAGGCGGCGACGAGCGACAAGUCGAGCAUCAACCGUCCGAGUCUCUCCGGAGCCUGCUCAGCGACUCCCAGAUCACGUCGGAGGAUGUUCAGCAGGAAAUUCUGCAGUCCAUCUACUCCGAAGGCCUUCUCGACGACAUCGACCUUGACAAUCUCACGCCUCAGCAGGAGGAAGAGCUCACCGAACGCAUCGCCGAGGCGUAUCGACGGCGCCAACGGAAUCGGGACAGGUCUCGAGACCGAGGCAGAUCGAGCAACGGCGAGCGAGAGGAACGAGCAUCUCAUCGUCCACGACCGGCAUCUGCAGCACGAGGACCGAGUCAGAAUCCGUCGAGAAGCUCUCCGCCACGGCAAGCACAGCAACAGCAACAGCAGCAGCAGUCACGGGCACGGGCACGGCCGCCCAUUUCCCGGCCACAUCUCUUCGAACAAUCGACCGCCGAUGCCGAUGCCGAGCGCAGCCAGCGAAGAUGCGCGAGCUCGACUGGUCACCACAGACAACGCUCCGACCCUCACUCACGCUCUAGCUCUAGGAACCAAGCCGCUCCAGCCGCCCGAUCAGCGACAGACUUGUCACAAGCACCAACGAGUGAGGAUGCCCAACGCCCGACACCGAGACUACGAGCCUUAUCCGGCAACAAUCGAAGCUCCACUGAUCCCUCCCACCUGCGCUAUGACACCGUGCACCCGCGUGAUCUCUCUGCCAACAUGAACCUGAGACCAGAGGGGGUCGCUACUUCCCCACGACCUCGUAGCCGCGACUCCGACCCCCAUCGGCGGCAGACGGGGCCGUCGAGCAACAACAGAUCCAUCCAAUCCACAUCAGCCCUUGACGCGACCUCGGUGGAUAUCUCACCUCAACCGGCCAUGGCCAUACGACCCGCGCCAUCACACUCGGCAUUGGCACCAGAGCCUACUUCAAGCUCAGUCCACCCUCCGCCUCCCCAAAACGUUAAAGCUCCUUCGAUAUCCUGCUCCCGCUGCGAACGCCCUCACAUCGAGACCCAACUGCAUUACAACUGCCCGAAAUGCGCCCGAGGUGCUUUCAACCUCUGCCUCCAGUGCUAUCGCUCUGGCCAGGGCUGCAACCACUGGUUCGGCUUCGGAUUUGCCGCCAUGCACCGUUGGGAGCACAGCGCGCCAGCAGGAGGAUCAGGCACAGGCAAUGAGUACCCUCAUACGCUCGUCUCUCGCCGCUACACCACGCCUUCCACCAACACAUCCUCCGCUCCGUAUCCGGAUACUUUCCUCCAGGAGGGAGCAUUCUGCGAGUCAUGCCUAGCUUUCACGAAUGAUACGUACUGGUACUGCGAGAUAUGUCUCCAGGGAGCUUGGGGCUAUUGCGAUUCCUGCGUGAUGCAAGGAAAGCACUGUACCCAUCCUCUGUUACCUGCCGCGCACAUCUCCGCCCGCCGCAAUCCCUCUCACGAUCCUUCCAAAUUGGCCUUCUUACCACUGCCGCACCUCAAAUCACAUAGCUACGUCCUCAAACCGGUAGAGACAUACUGCGACAUCUGCAAGCAGCAGAUCCCCAAUGCCGAUGCGCGGUAUCACUGUUACCAAUGCGGCAGCGGAGACUACGACAUCUGCAACACCUGCUACCACUCCCUCGUCAGCCAGGGAAAGAUCUCGUCCAUCGACGGCCCCAACGGAUGGCGACGCUGCCUCCAAAACCAUCGAAUGGCAACCAUCUCCUAUCAAAACGACGGCCAAGUCCGAACAACUCUCCGCGACCCCGUCGGCGGCUGGCGUCUCAAGGAAAACCCAGCAGAACUGCCCUCCGGCCCGCCUGCCUCACAACUCUCGAACGGUCCGAGGUACCUUGCAACAUGGAGUUGGUGGCCCGCAGAAGCCAACCGAGACGAACUGGCCUUCCCCAAGAACGCGGAGAUCAAAGAAGGAGAGGACCUCAAUGAAGAUUGGAGCGUCGGCGUUUAUGGUGGGAGAGUAGGAGUUUUCCCGAGGAAUCAUACGCGGAGGCUAUGA